CAAUAGCUAUUGCUAAAAAUGAUGUUAUUGAGAUUUCAUAGUUUAUAUAUACAUAUAAAUAUGAAUAUAUAUUAAGUUUGGGUACAAACGUCCACAUGGAUCUACCCGAUUGGUUAUGGAUGACCCAAACAAAGCCCUAGAAUACAAGCAUCAAUAAUUCAUCAUUCUCCUAAUCCCCUCUGUAUUCUUGCUGGCAACAACACUCUCUUCUCCAUCUAUUUCUAUCUCUAUAUCUCCGAUUCCCUUAAACCCUACACAAAAACAUCCAAACACCUAGCAAUUCCAGGUGUUAUAUUAUAUCAUCAUCAUCACCAUCGAACUUCAUAUGCCCUAAAAAUUCAACCACAAAACAUGUUUAAUCUUCAACCACUUCUAUCCCCAAUUGUUUUUCUGCUCACAAUUGCCACCGUUUUCUGCAUUUCAACCUCCGAAGAAACUAAAACCAUAUACGAAGUUCUUAAAUCAAACGGAUUGCCCAUGGGUUUGUUACCCAAAGGUGUCACCAAUUUCACCAUUGAUGAUUCCGGUCGAUUCGAAGUGCAUUUGGAUCAAGCUUGUAAUGCUAAGUUUGAGGACGAAUUGCACUACGAUCAGAAUGUUUCCGGUACCUUGACGUAUGGUCAGAUCGAUGGAUUGUCGGGUAUUUCCGCCCAGGAUUUGUUUUUGUGGUUUCCUGUUAAGGAAAUCCGGGUCGAUAUACCCAGUUCCGGAUUGAUUUACUUCGAUGUCGGUGUUGUUUCUAAGCAAUUUUCUCUAUCUUCGUUUGAAACACCAAGGGAAUGUUUGGCUUCUUCAAAUGAGCUCAUCGUUCAAACUGUAUCCAAGACUCUAUCAAGAAAGCUGGGAAUCCAGAAAAGCAAGCAUCAAGAACAUUUGAUGACACUUUUAUGAAAUUUGAAACUUAAAGAUGAUUGGAAGUGGCACAAUUUCUCAAUCAAGUUAUGGGUAUUUCCAUUUCUUGCAUCUACACUUGUUCUUCAGGAAGUCAAAAAAAAAAAACAAAAAAAACAAAAAUCUCGUGUGCUUCCUUUUUCGGUUUUCUUUGUAUAGUGUAGAUUCUGCAAACUAGUCUCGAAUGUCAGCUUCUGUCUAUGCAACAUUUUCACAAUGGAUUGAACUUGAAGAAAACACGAUAUAUACAUAAACACACCAUAUAAGCAAGUGACAAAAUGACCUUGCUUCCAUGAUUCAUUGAGAUUCAAUUUCAAUCCUAUCGGAUUUACACAAGGAAUGCAAGUUCUUAUACAAGUGGAGCAAGGAUCAAAGGUUACAAACCAGGUGAUGACACGUGUUUAUUUCACUUAAAUUCAUUAGGAGUAUGAACAUAAAACAGUUGUUGGCAAAUCAGUUCUCUUUUUGUAGUCAUAAGUUUCUUUGAUAGAAGAAAUAAAGGAAUAAAAUUGCAUUCUUGUAGUCACCAUUUCAAUCUUUCACUCUUCCCUAUUGCAAUUCCCUUAAACCAAAAGCCAAAUGUUAUAUAUAUAAUUUAAAUAUUUAUUUUACAAGUUUAAUACAUUAUCGAGUAUUGUAGGUUGCUUGUAGAUAAUGUAGGAGUAGAGAAGGGAGGUGGGUAGUUAGUAGAUUUAGUCACCUACUUAUGUUGGUGAAUUAAGUAAUAAAUUUAAAGAAAUACGUUGUCAAUAUAAUGUUAGGUUAGUAGGUCCAUCUAACUUUUUAUAGACCAUUUGAAUGUUUUUCUAAUUAUUUAUACAAGUUAAAUCUAUAAAUCAUACGUUUUAGACAUCAAUUUUGGAUGAGAUGAGAAAUUGUAAUUUUUUGUUUGGUCAAAGGUCAAAAUGUUAAAAACUAUGUAUUGUCAUGUGUAAAUAAAUAUGUGUAAUAAAAUAUUGAUGAAGAAUUUAAGAUUAUUUAAAAAGUAGUAUUUGAGUGGUAGGAGGAGAUUGUUUAACUUUUGUUGCAAUGUUUAUAUGUAUCCAAAUCAUUAGUGAGAUGUAGAUGCUUGAAGUGUACUUGUUGUAUCAAUUAUGACUUACUUUUGGUCCAAAAAAAAUACUCUUUGUCUAUGGAAUAUGUGAAAAUGGCUAAAAGCUUUAUUUGGACCACUAAAAUUUUGAAAACGGUUGCUCCCC